CGAAAAUUUGCAUCCAUAUGCCGGCGAAACGCCAUUUGUGGACCUUCUCAACCAACCACGUAUUAUUCCAUUUUAUUAUCUUACCAAACAAGUCACAAAGCAUUCACUUCAUUGUCUUCCAAAAAACCCGAAAACCCAAAUACAAAACAAAACAAAAUAGUUUACCAAAAAAAAAAUCUCCGGCGACUCCGAUGGACUCUAAACCCUCCAGCGAAGUAUCAUUCGAGUUCCCGACCGCCUUCCGAAUCUAUAAUGACGGCCGAACCGAGAGAUUCAAGGGCAUCGAAACCGUCCCACCCUCCACCGACUCGACAACCGGGGUCCAAUGCAAAGACAUCGUCCUCUCGCCACAAUCCGGGCUCUCUGCCCGCGUCUUCCUCCCCAAGCUCCCCGACCCGACGCGCAAACUCCCUCUCCUUAUUUUCAUCCACGGCGGCGCUUUCGUCAUCGAGUCCCCCUACUCUCCUCUCUACCACAAACACGUCAGGUUACUGGCUUCAGAAGCCAACGUCGUGGCUUUGUCGGUGCACUACAGGCGUGCCCCGGAGCACCCACUCCCCGUUGCUUUUGAAGACUCCUGGGAUGCAGUCGAAUGGGCCGCGGCCCAUUCCACUCGUAACGGGCCCGAGGCCUGGCUCAACGAUCACGUUGACUUUGACCGUGUUUUUAUAGGUGGUGACAGCGCUGGCGCCACUCUGACGCACCACGUGGUGCGCCAGGCCGGGCUCGAUGGGUUGAGCGGGACGAGGAUAGUGGGGAUGAUUUUGUUUCACCCCUACUUCAUGGAUGACGAGCCCGAUAAGUUGUUGGAGGUUAUUUAUCCGACAUGUGGUGGGUCGGAUGACCCGAGGGUGAGGCCGGGUAACGAUCCGAAAUUGGGAGAGAUUGGGUGCGGGAGGGUGUUGGUUUUUGUGGCGGAGAAGGAUUUCUUGAGGGACAGGGGUUGGGCAUACCACGAGGCGUUGAAGAAGAGUGGGUAUGGUGGGGUGGUUGAGAUUGUGGAGAGCCAAGGGGAGGACCACGUGUUUCAUUUGUUCAACCCAAGUUGUGACAAUGCUGUGGACUUGGUGAAAAAGGUGGUUUCUUUCGUAAAUCAAGACUAAGCUACCGCCGUAGCGAUCGAGAAGAUAUUGGAUGCUAUGGUCACGGCUUCUUGAAUUAAUCGCACAAUUACGGUUAGAUGUUGUAAUUUUUAUGUUUUAUAAUAAGAAUUAUCCAUUAUAUUAUAGACUAUAGAUAUACAAGCAUACAUUAUCUUCAUCAAGUUUCAGUUUAAUUUUAA